GCUCAGAACUGGAGCUGCACGUACUAGCUCGAGCCACCGCCGAAGGAGGAAGUGCGUAGUCGAAAACACAGAUUUAUUUGUCCGUUUUCACUACUGCGUCGAUAAAGGCACUCGCAACAGCUGUAGAAACUCUUUGUGUCCCUACUCUGAAUCACUGGAACAGCUCAUGCGAAAACCUCACGAUGAAAACCGAAGUCUCUACUGCUGCUAACUUUGUCACACGUCUGUUGAGAGGAACGGGGCUGCUUUCAGAAGAACAACUGCAACAAUUCAGAUUCUCUUUGGAAGAAUCUUUGGGGGAUCAUUAUCAGCACCAUUGGUUCCCAAACGCACCCUACCGAGGUUCGGGUUACAGGUGUAUUCGGAUCAACCACAAGAUGGACCCUUUGAUAGGCAAAGCGGCCUGUACGAUUGGACUCACAAAAGAGCAACUCUUUUCACUGCUGCCAAGUGAACUCACCAUGUGGGUCGACCCUUAUGAAGUGUCCUACCGGAUCGGAGAGGACGGGUCCAUAUGCGUCCUCUACGAGUCUGUGCCUCCGUCGGACACAAACCAGGCGGACAGCUGCAAAGAUGAACUGAGAAUGGGACGGUCGAGUCCGUCCAAAUCCUUAGGCAUGAUGACCUGCUCCAGCUGAAGAGCGAUUUUGUGUAAUUAGCUGCUCGUGGGCACAGUAAAUCAGGCAUUGCUCACGUUUGAUUUCUUUUUAAACCUUGUUUUUUAAGACCGAUUUUUUUUUUUUAAUCAACGGUGAAAUCUUAUUGACCUCAUGGUGAAAACAGAUGUAUUUUGAUUAAAUGUGUUUUAAGCUCCCUGUACAGUCAUGUUGAAUAUGUUUUUUACAUUUCUAUUAAAAGUUUUCUAUGAAUUUCUUAAAAAAA